UUAAGGUGUAGGUCUAGAAAGACUUCAUUUUUGUUCGUAUUUGGUAGAUAUUUUAAAAUCAUAUCGUGAACCCUGAAUGAAUGGUAGUUAUUUUAUUGCUUUGGCUUGCUUGCUGCUGCCACCCACCCGCCCCCGCUCCUCCGACCGUCGGUCUUCCAAGAGUGGCAUUUGUGUGUGAAAUUGCAUUACUUUUUGUGUGAACAAGUGCAUUUUGGUGAUAAAAAAGUGUACAGGUAGCAUUCAAGUAAAAAUUUCAUUUGCUGGUGUAAAUGUAGCAAUGUUUAGUUUAGGAUUAGUGUUUGAAAUUAGUGAAUGAUUAGAUCAGGGUGGUAUCCCGUAUUUUCUGUUUCAUUGUGCUGAACAGUAAUGGACAGGCUUCCCGCUAACAUUAUUGGAAUUUAAAACAUUCGGCCCACCAGGGAUGGACGAAGGUCUGCUGAACGACCUACUCGAGUGCUCUGUGUGUCUGGAGCGGCUGGACACCUCGUCCCGCGUCCUGCCCUGUCAGCACACCUUCUGUCUUAAAUGCUUAAAGGUGAUAGUCGAGUCGCAUAAGGAGCUACGAUGUCCCGAGUGUCGCAUCCUGGUGGAGGCGAAGGUGGAGGAAUUGCCUCCCAACGUUCUACUCAUGCGGAUCCUGGAGGGCAUGAAGAACUCCGCGCCCAGGAAGCCCAGCGGCUCGACUCAUAGGAAGGCGGGACAUCUCGCGAGUUUAACGCAGGGUGUUCAGGCGACUCGCACAGACUGCAAACAAUUGCCGCCGCACGCCAGAGCUAUGCACGACUAUAUCUCUAUGGAACCAGGGGACCUGUCGUUCAAGAAAGGCGAUACUGUAGUAUUGCAGAAGAAAUUGGACCCCUUCUGGUAUCAGGGAGAGUGUUCUGGGAGAACCGGCAUGUUUCCCAUCACCUAUGUUCAGAUUGUGGUACCACUGCCUAUACCCACAGCGUUGUGUAAAGCUCUGUAUGACUUCCGAAUGUCGGCGCCGGACGAGGAAGGCUGCCUCGCCUUCGAUAAAGGGGCAAUAAUUACGGUACACAGACGGGUCGACGAGAACUGGGCUGAAGGGAGACUUGACCAACGCGUGGGAAUAUUUCCCAUAGCGUUUGUGGAACUCAAUCAGGCCGCAAGACAGCUAAUGAACAGUGUUCCUCUUAAUCGACCCGUGCCACCUCUACCUGACCAUGCUCGUCCUUCACAUUCAGACCACAGGCAUCAUGUACAGGCCACGAAUCGCUACCAACCCACCAAUAUGUCGAUAUCCACCCCCAACACUGGACACAACAACUACCAUCACAACACAACCACAAUGUCUCAAUCCCAACCUCAACCCACUUGCGUACCGGUUGCUCGAGCGAUACUAACUUCCGAACCCCAUACAAAACUAGACCUUAUUCACUUAACCGCAGUGCACAAAGCCCAUGUAGGCCUUCAGAGCCUCAGAAUAGCGGACAAUUACGACCGCAGGGCGCCCAAAUACGAAUACAAUCCUAAAGUAGAAACCACUUACCAAAACGUACGCACUCACGAACAUUUUCCCGUGUCCGUAGCGAAUUUCAAUUCUACCGUCAGCUCAGACUCCAGUUCCAGUAUGAAUACUCCCGUAGGCGUCAGUUCCACAACCACACCGAAUACCAGUUCCAAUACUAGCACUUGCGAAAGCGCCGAACCUAGUUUGCCUAGUUCCCCUGACAAUAAUACCGAUCGAAACUCAACCGUAGUACAACAGAAUACGAAUCAAAACGGCGACGCAGAAGCGGAGACGAAUGAAAGAGAAUCGUCUCUCAAUACUUCGAUGGGAGUGUUGAGUUUGAAUGAAAGCUCGACAGCUACCAAUACUUCUUUGAACGUCAGCCUUCCACCGGCGGAAAGUCCAAAAUUGAAUGCUUCAAACGCUACAGUAUCUUCACAAAAUCAUAGUGAAACUGAACAAGGUGCAAGCAAUAAUGAGCCUAGACUGGAUGCCCCGUCUUCUUCGAAGAAUGUUGUUGUAAGACCUAGUGGACCCGAUUCUUUGUUGAACUUCGGUAUAGGCUUGCAAGCGGCAUUGUCGCCAUCGCAUAGCAAAGAUGCGAACUAUAUGGCGUCGAGAAACCAUAGAGAACACCAUAACAGGGAGAAGAGACACAGUCUGACGCCGUCCACGCAUCUGCAAAGUGGUCAUUCUACGCAAAACAGGCACUCUGCGGAGAUUCUAGCUACUAGUCUUUUGGACCACGUGUCAGAGAGAGAGCGCGAUAGGCCAGAGCGCGAGAGAGAGCGAGAGAGACGCAGGCGCCGCUCCAGGAGCAACGAGCGCCCUCUGCCGGCGGCUUAUGUCGCCCUCUACCCUUACAAGCCGCAGAAACCCGACGAGUUGGAGCUGAGGAAAGGAGCCGUGUACACAGUGACGGAGCGAUGUCGCGACGGCUGGUACAAAGGUUGCGGGGACCGGGAACCCCGAUGUGGGGUGUUCCCCGGGAACUAUGUGGCCCCAGCCCCCGCGUCUGCCCCGGCUCCGACCCGGAUCAAGCACGACAAGGCACCUUGUUCCCCGUCGCCAGCAUCAGUGAAACCGUCGUCUGCACAGAACUCAGCACCAGAUGCACCGCCUAGAGAGAACAGUCCACUAGCUACUAAUGCGCAACCAUUAACUUAUCCUUGGAGUAGUAUGUCUCAAACGCAACCGCAGCAAAGUACGCCGAGAUUGGAUAAGAAAGACAAAUCGAAAGUGGAAAAAUCAACAAUAUCGAGUGGGGUCAGUCUUAUGAAACGAUUGGCCGCCAUGAAGAAAUGCAAAUCACCGCCUCCCGCUUACAGUAUGGACAACCCAGUGUUUGAAGACGCUCCCGGUCCAUCAUUGGCACUUCACGGAAACCAACAUCAUCCUGUACACGUCAGGUCUGGUUCGUGUCCGUCGCAGCUGCUGCGGCUGCCGGGCAGCGAACGGGUGCGCCACAAGGAGAGACCUUCGGCCCUAGUCUUACAUGAUAAUAGAAGUACUGCAAGCGAAGGCCCUUGGCAGUCGCACCGCAAGUCGCAGUCGCUAGACGUGACUGCGGCGAGGAGAGAGAGACCACAUUCACAGACUGUUAAGGAGAGGUUCCGCUGCAUAGUUCCUUACCCGCCUAACUCCGAAUACGAAUUGGAACUCAAAGUGGACGAUAUAGUGGUAGUGUCACGUAAAAGAGGCGAUGGUUGGUACAAAGGCACUUUGCAGCGUACAGGCCGCACUGGUUUAUUCCCAGCAUCUUUCGUACAAAGCUGUCCGCACGAUUGACCCAGGCCUGGACCGAAUAGGUUCGCUACAUUAUUCUAGUGGUAACAACAGUAAUCUGAUAACAGUGACAGACUCGUAAAGUAAUAUGAUGGUUUAUUCCCUGCGUCGUUCGGCCAGAGCAGGCCGCACGACUGACCCAGGCCUGAGACGAAUAGGUUGCUACACUCUUCUAGUGGUAACAAUAAUGUAUCAGUGACCUGAUAACAGUAACAGAUUCGUGCAGUAAUAUGAUGGUAUAUUCCCUGCGUCGUUCGGUCAGAGCUGUCCGCACGACUGACCCAGGCCUGGGCCGACAAGGUUCGCUGCACUAUUCUGGUGGUAACAAUAAUGAAUCAGUAACCUGAUAAUAGUGACAGACUAGAGGCGUAUUGUGUACGGUGACACUAUGUGAUUCUCUAGACUACUAUUAUUGGAUAAUAUUAUGCUUAUUUGUCACUAUAUUGCGUUAAUUUACGACCCAUAUGAGUGUAAUGUUUACCGUUUUAUUUAUAUAGAAAUCCAAAUAUGUAUUGAGUAAAAUAGUUCGAGAGUUCACGCGAAAGUUCUAUAAGUAUGGUUAU